GAGACAGCUGUGGGACUAACAGCGAUCUGGGACACCAGAAAGAGAGAGAGGGGGAGAGAGAGGGGGGGGGGGAGAGAGAGAGAGAGAGAGAGAGAGAGAGGAGGACAGAUCACAGUUUACAAUUGGAGAGUAAUAGAUUAGAAUGAUGCAACAAUGUAUUGGAAUCUGGCAAUGAUGGAUUGGAACAAUGCAACACUGGAUUUGAAUCGAAGAACAAAAGAUUGGAAUGUUACAACAACAGAUUGGAAUGGUUUGACAAUGGUUCAAAAUGAGAGAACAGUCGAUGGGAAUGGGAAAACAUUGGGAAGGGGUUUCAUUGAGAUGUUGAAUUCUCUUUCUGCUACUUUUGAUCGGAAGCCACUGAAAUACCACAUUCGAAUGGUCCUUCGGAUUAUGCAAUUCAUUUAUUAUCCGAUUCUCGCUAUCAUUGCAGUGCCUGCCAACAUAGUAACAAUUGUGAUCCUGUCCCAGGAAAAGUGUGGUCUCUCCCGAUGUGUCUCUCACUACCUGGUAGCCAUGGCAAUAGCAGAUCUCCUGGUCAUUAUCUUUGACCUCAUAUUGCGACACAUUCCAUUUGUCUAUUUGGAAGGGCAUCAUUUCUUCGAAGGUAUCCCUGUGUGUAAUAUCCACGCUGUCCUGCUUUAUGCAGCCACUGACUGUUCUGUCUGGUUCACCGUCACUUUCACCUUUGAUCGAUUUGUAGCCAUUUGUUGCCCAAAUCUGAGAAGUAAAUAUUGCAAUGUGAAAACAGCAGCCGUGGUUCUGGCAACAGUGACUGGAUUGAGCUGUUUGAAGAACAUUUUCUGGUAUUUUCUGUUUACUGAUCAGUAUCAUGACAGCAGCAGACCCUGGUUUUGUUGGGUGACAAGGGAUGUGAAAUUUUCUCCAGUCUGGGGAGCAAUUGAGCUCUGUCAUUACAUACUAACACCAGGAAUUGCCUUUAUUCUCAUUCUGCUUCUCAAUGUAUUAACGGUUAGACACAUUGCAGUGACCAGCAGAUCCCGCAGGAGACUCCAAAAUCAGAGCAACAAGAAGAGCAACAAAGACCCAGAGAUGACAAGCCGAAAGAAUUCCAUCAUUUUAUUGUUUCUUAUCUCAGGGAAUUUCAUUCUAUUAUGGUCAGUAUCAAUGGUGUAUUCCAUAAAUUGGAGAAUGAUGUUUUUGGGAUAUGAGUCUGAAGAUCUGCCUCUUUUUGUAAUGGAACUGGGCUACAUGCUCCAGAUGCUGAGUUGUUGCACAAACACUGUGAUUUAUGUCAUCACACAUCCUAAGUUCAGAGAGCAUUUGAAGAAUAUUGUGCACUAUCCCUUUACCCCAAUUGUGAAAUGUAUUAAACAUUGAGACUGACUGAAUAAUUAGAUCAUCUGCAAUCAAUGUUGCACGCGUUUCUCUCUCAUCUACCGUCCUGGUGUCUUAUUAAUAGACAUCAUUGAAAGAAGAUGAUAUCUCCAGGACCUUUGAUCUGUGAUUUUUUCCUGCCUUAUUUGACAGCCUGUGCACCUGUGCCUGUACACUGUUUAUCUGCAUCUCAAUCCAAGUGUGGGUGUGUGGCUGUGCACGUGUAGAAGCAUCAGACAGAGAGAUAGAGGAGCAGGUUCAGUAACAGACACACUACUCAAGAGUGAUCACAACAUGAUGAAAUGCUGUCCAGUUUGGGGGUGAUAAACAUGAUACUGACAUUUGUCUUUAAACUUAAUUCAAAGAAAUACAAACCAUUGAAAGCGCAGUUGAUGUAUGCUGCAGCUGUACAAAACUCUGGUGCGGCCACACUUGGAGUAAUGCGUACAGUUCUGGUCACCACAUUAUAAGAGGGAUGUGGAAGCUUUGGAAAGGGUGCAGAGGAGAUUUACUAGGAUGUAGCCUGGUAUGGAGGGAAGGUCUUACAAGAAAAGGCUGAGGGACUUGAGGCUGUUUUCAUUAGAGAGAAGAAGGUUGAGACGUGAUUUAAUUGAAACAUAUAAAAUAAUCAGAGGGUUAGAUAGGGUGGAUAGGGAGAGCCUUUUUCAUAGGAUGGUGACGGCGAGCACGAGGGGGUAUAGCUUUAAACUGAGGGAUUAAAGAUGCAGGACAGAUGUCAGAGGUAGUUUCUUUACUCAGACAGUAGUAAGGGAAUGGAACGCUUUGCCUGCAAUGGUGGGAGAUUUGCCAACUUUAGGUACAUUUAAGUCGUCAUUGGAUAAGCAUAUGGACGGACAUGGAAUAGUGUAGGUUAGAUGGGCUUGAGAUCGGUAUGACAGGUCGGCACAAUAUCGAGGGCCGAAGGGCCUGUACUGCGCUGUAAUGUUCUAUGUUUGAUUAUGGAGUACAGCAAAAGAAAAGCGGAUGUCGCAUGGUAACUCAGCAGCUUUAGACUCUUAAGGAGCCCUUUCGUACUGCUCAAAAAAUGUACUUUUCACUGAGACACACUUCAAUGAGAAGGGAAUACCAUUCUUUACGAACUGCAGAUGUGAAGGAUCAUAUCAAGGUGAAUGAAACUGGUUAAUGCUGUGAAGCUGACAGGAACAAGUUUGGAUUUCUUUGAACUGUUAAUGGAUGAUUUUUUUGAAAG